GUGAAGUCUGUGAGUUGACAGUGGGGUGCACGAGAACAGGCGUUCAGUAGUGGUGGAGGCGGAGGAGGUUUAGGGGAAAGAAUUGUUUUCUGUGUGCGCGAGAAACGUGUCGACAAGUAACGAGUCUCUGAAAACGGGUCGUCGUUGGUGAUGGUGAAAUGAUUCUCUAGCCCGAGGUUUUUGACUUGGUCCGGACGGACAAAAGAGGAAGACCUUUUGUAUAUCGCUGCUGUUCAAGAGACCGUACGUUUGUUCAUCCGUAGAAAACAUCAUUAAACGCUGACGUCGCGGAAUUCGUCCCGUGUCGUUUUCCUUCGUGGCGAGCGUCCGAACAUCCAACGACUGACUUAGCGACCAUCACGCGCGCGUGUCUUUGUUUUUUUUUCUCGGUGCUGAAUAACUGUACGAGGAAAACAGAGAGAGUGUGUUAUAUCACAGUGGUGAAAAGACCGAUACGUUUCGUGGGUUUCUGCUGUGGUAAAUAAUCCGUAGCAGUCAGAGGCCCUUCCUAAACGACGAUCGAGCUCAGCUGAUUCAAGGACUUGCUGUUGAAGGGCUCUGCUGCGUUAAUAGACGAUAAAUAUGUCGUCCCCCAGCGCUGGAAAACGACGUAUGGACACGGACGUUCUCAAAUUAAUAGAAAGUAAGCACGAAGUGACGAUAUUAGGAGGAUUAAACGAAUUUUCCGUCAAAUUCUACGGACCACGGGGAACACCUUACGAGGGUGGAAUAUGGAAAGUGAGGGUUCACUUACCCGAGCACUACCCCUUCAAAUCUCCUUCGAUCGGCUUUAUGAACAAGGUGUACCACCCUAACAUUGACGAAGUCUCAGGCACCGUGUGUCUAGACGUAAUAAACCAGGCUUGGACUGCCCUUUACGAUUUGUCAAAUAUAUUCGAGUCCUUCCUGCCCCAGUUGUUAACAUAUCCUAAUCCAAUCGACCCGUUAAAUGGCGACGCAGCGGCCAUGUAUCUACACAAACCUGAGGAGUACAAGAAGAAAGUAGCAGAUUACGUGAGGAAAUACGCAACGGAGGAGGCGCUAAGGGACCAGGAGAACAGCGGUACUGAAAACGGGGUGUCGUCCGAUAGCGAGUCUUCGAUGAGCGACUUCAGCGAGGACGAGGCGCAGGACAUGGAGUUGUAACCAAAUAUUUUACCAUCCGUACCCAUAUCCUUAAUCUCGAUUUCUUGUAAACUCCGACCGCUCGUCCUACCAAAUAGAUGCUUACAUUUCGAACCUCCGAACCUCACUAUCGGUUUAGCUGCGUGGCACACUCGUCACUUUGUUUCGUAGGGAACGUUGAAUCGCGACCAGGUUGUCCGUUAACGAAUCGGGAGGUAAAAAGAAAAGAAAAAAAAGAUAAAAGGGAACGCAUACAUAAACGAAAGAAGAGAAAAUGAAAAGGAAACGAAAUUUGAAGGAAAGGAGAAAGUACGAGAACGAUGAUGUAUACGUAGAAAAAAAAGGAUAUCGCUUUUGAAGUUCUCUUUACGCGAGAGAUUGGCGCUCUCGUCGUCGCCGUCGUGUUUUUCAACGAGGGACGUUGACGAGAAAAAUGAUACGCGCCGUUUUCGAGAAAAAUGAUACGCGCCGUUUUCGAGAAAGAAACGCCUCGUUUUUUUGCAUUUUUUUUUUUUUUGAUUUUCUUCUUUUAAAUUCACGGCUUUGCUACCGAUUGAUCGAACGUCGAUAUCUUCAGAUUGUUGGCGAUCUGGCAUCGAUCGAAUAGUCGCGAAUCAUCGUGCGUCGUUGACGUUCCGUUUAAUGAUUGUACGCGCGGUUGCGCCGUCAAAUUCUACGAUGAAUUAUUCUGGAAAAAUUGUUUCUUUUCUUUUUUUCUUUUUUUUUUUUUUUUUCGUUGAAUAUUUUUGUUCGAUUAUUCCUCCACGUUUCGAAUUCUUCGUCGAUCUCCCUCUGGUUCUUUCUCUUUCUUUUUUUCCCCCUUCCCGAUCGAGUCGAGUCAGAAACACAGACAGUCUUGGGGCGUUAAAAAGAACGAUGCACGAGCAUGAAAGAAAGAUCACGUUCGCUCGACAAGUAUGUAUAUCUUUCGGAUGUCGUAAUUCACAUUACGCUUGUUAUUCUCUGUCUCUCUGUGCGCUCUCGUUAUUCGUACAGGUGCCACGAGCAAGCACGAUAUAGAUCUCGAAUCAACAUCGAUUUCGAAUAAACAUUCGUUUCACGUGUUUUCGAAAAUGCUUGCUCGUAGAGUAACGACUCUUUUGUAAUUUGCACGAUAAUUUGUCACCAGACUAUUGCAUCGUAUUUGAAAUUGACAGGAUUCGUACGUUUGUAACUACACGAAGAGUUAACGAUGCGAUAAAACUAAAGAAAAAAAAAAGCUAUUGUUUUCCGCUCGUUUAACGUUCCAACGAAUUAUUUCUUUUUGUUGUUUGCCGUGGUUCAAAAGAUAUAUCUGGUUAUUAGACGAUCUCUUUUCUUUUUUCUUAUGUUCACAAAAUGAAUUAUCAUGCGAAAGAGAAACAAAAAAGAAAAAGCGGAAUGGAAAAUAGGAUACUAGGUGCGUCUUCCUCUUUCUGUUCUGUCAUCACCAUCCCUGAACGUUUCCCUCGUAGGGCGCAGCAACGAGAAAAGGCUUCGUCAACAGUGUUGAAGACACUGACAAAUCUACGAUAUAAACGGCGUUUAAGUAGCGAUGUUAAUGUCGGGACAUCCCAGCCACAGUUGAAAUCUGCACGGUCAACGUUUUUCGACGGAAGGGAAACGAUCGAAGACACUGGUCACUUACGAACGACCUCGGCCUCCUGUCUCGAGACACACGCGAACACAUCGAACGUACGAAUUUUCAGAGAGUUGCGAGAGGACAACGACGCGGCGUACACACCGGAGUUGCGUCAGUAUUCGGAAAUGGACGUAGAUUUCAUUCACUCGGGAGGAAGUAGAAGCAAUCUGGACACAACCGUCUAACGGCUCAUCGCGAAAAUUUCUCUGGUGAUAUUCUCACGAUUAUUUUAUCAUAAAAAAAAAGUAAGAAAAAGAACAAAAAAAAAAAAAAAAAAAGAAAAAAAAGAAGAAAAAGAAACAAAUGACUUUAGAGCAAUUAAUAUUGUUUGUAUAAGGAUUUUUCUAAACGCAUGGUAUGAAAAGUUUUUCCAAAUUUUUAAUCGAAACGAGAGAGUCGCUUGUAAGAGAGAAAAAAUGACUUCGUUCGAGCGCCAUGGCGUAUGUAAUAUUUUAUUUGCGUGGAAUAAGAAAGGAUGGAAAAAGGAAAAAAAAUUUUUUUUUGAUACGAUCGAUAUUUUUUAGAGGUAACUUUAAACUGCGCGUUCAUGCAAGUCGUAUUCAUGCAUCGUGUUUUUUCUUUUUUUUUUUUUUUUUUUUUAAUUCUAUCGACGUUCGGCUUAAUCGAGAGAACAAAGCGCAUACGGCGUGAAAGUCUGGGGCAGAAUUGGCGAGAAGUAAAGGAAAUCAAUGGAUGAUAGAAGAAUAUCUAGUGGAAGUGAGGAAUCGUUUCUUUUUUCCGAUGAUGCGAAAAGGCUUGUAGCAAACGGGAGGACACGAAUUUGUACAAAUCUUGGUGCACAAUAAUCUUCGUUUAGUUGUAACUCGCUUCAAACUGAUCUCUCUCCUUUUGCGUGGUUUACGUAUAUGCAAUACGAUCAACUAUACGUGCAAGUAUAGAAAAUGAUAUUUUAGUGCCUUCUCAGGCAGAAAAUUGUGCCUUAUUACAUGGGUCUCUGUAAAAAAAAAAAAAAAAAAAAAAAAAAGAAAAGAAAAGAAAAAAAGAGAAAGAAGAAUGAAAAUCUUAUUGGUAAACAUAUUCGGUGGAAAAAAAACGAAGAGCAUUAAUUAAACAGACACAAACACACACAUCGAUAAUUAAAUCAAUCGCUUGGAAGAACGUAAAACUAAUACAGCGUGUGCUUUUAUUUUCGAAUAUCGAGAUAACGUUGAAGAACAAUGUUAAGCUUUGUGUAAGUCUUUUUUUUCUCUUUUGAAGAGUGUUCGGCUAGUUGGGAAUGCGAUGUCAGAGAGAAAUAUUAUUAGAAAGAGAAAAGAAAUAGAAAAGAAAGAGGAAAGGAUACGAGGAUAGAGAAUAAAUUUUACCAAAAACUGUUUAUAAGAAAAAUCGAAAUUUCUUGUCUGUAUUCUUGCAAUAGGUUCACUCCUUAGUUUUUAACGAAUAAAUUUAAUAUUAUCGUUCUAUUAUUACUCGUAGUAUGGGCGCGGUUAUCGUUUCAUUUAUGUCAACGCAUCGUUUUUUUAUGCGCUUUCAUUCGUCUAUGAUUUAGAGAUUUCGCAUAUUUGAUUUCUUAUUUUCAAUGAGUCGCGAACGUUGUCAAGAUUGUCGAAUCUUGAUAAUUCUCCCUUCUUUUAUUUAUUACGCGGUUUUAAUUUUAAUUGUGCCAAGGGACGAGUCGUGAAAUUCGUAAAAAGCGAUAGCCGCGUCCACACGUUUUUAAUUGUUACGCAAUCUUUCCUUUUUAUUUAAGGAAAUAGAAUAUAUUUACGUGGAAGUAAAACAAGGAAAUGGAUAAAAAUAAUACUGUCAUUCAGAAUUUACAAUUAUUUAUGAUUAUUUAAGACGUGCUUUCAUGGUAUUUUUUCGUACGAUUCGCAGUGGCUCUAUACGUUGGUGAAGUGUAUAGCAAUGUAUUUACUGAUUAGAGAAAUGAUUAUUAAAAUGGAGUGAAACUGA